GUUGCCGUGUCGGUCGUAAGUUGGCAGGAGCGUCAAAGUAAUCUUAGAAGCACGCGUUUUCUCCUCGCCCGUGUCUGAUCCUCCUUUUAGAGAUCUUUAUCUCAGUUUCAGGUGUCAAUUCCUGUGAGUCAAUGGAUAUCUCGUUGUCCGAAAAGGUAAGUUGUUGAAAACUAUUGAAUAUAAAGAAAUGAAGGAGUCUUUGGUACCCACCAAGUUCAAAGUCCUUCACUUGCAUCGAUCCCUGAUUUCACCCUCAAUUACUACUCACAACUUCAUCAAACAUGAACGGUCGUACAUACAGCGCUCCUUCCCCGGUCACGCCACCGACACCGAUGCCAGAUUUUGAGGACACAGAGAACGUCGACCUGUACAUACAAGACAGGCACGUUAUUGGAUACGAUCCUCUAGUCCAACCAGCAUUGUUGAGACAUGAGAUAGUGGCCUCGGCCUCAUCUCGAAAGACGAUAGCUUCGGCACGACAUGCUGCAGCGCAAAUCAUCGGCGGGCACUCAGAUCGUCUUCUGGUAGUCGUGGGUCCCUGCUCGAUUCAUUGCCCAGAACAGGCCAUCGAGUACGCGCGCCUCCUCAAGGAAAACAUUCCCAAUUGGUCGAACCUUCUCAUCGUCAUGAGAGCAUAUUUUGAGAAACCUCGUACCACUGUGGGAUGGAAAGGGCUCAUCAACGACCCCAACUUGGACGGUUCUUUCAGGAUCAACAAAGGCCUACGCAUCGCGCGCCAGCUCUUGUGUGAUAUUACAGAUAUGGGCGUACCGGUUGCGACUGAGCUACUGGACACCAUCUCGCCGCAGUACAUUGGAGACAUGUUGACGUGGGGCGCCAUCGGAGCUCGGACAACAGAGAGCCAGCUUCAUCGCGAAUUAGCAAGCGGCGUUUCCUUCCCAAUUGGAUUCAAGAACGGUACUGAUGGAGGUGUUACUGUCGCUGUGGACGCCAUGAAGUCGGCAUCUAAUCCUCAUGCUUUCAUGGGUGUAACUGAACAAGGACUUGCGUCUAUCGUUAAAACCUGCGGAAACCGGGAUGUACAUGUUAUUUUGAGAGGCGGCAGUAAAGGUCCAAAUUACUCCAGCGAGCACAUACAGGCUGCCGUGAAGCAAAUUGGCGCUAGCCGAAAGUGGCCUAGCAUCAUGAUCGACUGCUCUCACGGAAACUCGCAGAAAAAUCAUAACAAUCAACCGCUGGUCGUCAAAGACAUCUGCGAGCAGCUGCGCUCUGGAAGCCGACACAUUACUGGAGUUAUGAUUGAGUCGCAUAUCAACGAAGGUCGACAGGACAUACCGGAGGGAGGUCCUGGAGAGCUCAAGUACGGCGUCAGCAUUACUGAUGCUUGCAUCAACUGGGAAUCAACGGUGGUGAUGCUGAAUCAAUUGAACGAGGCCGUUCAGCAGAGGCGGAAUGCCAUCAUUGAAGCUGGACUGGUCAAGUCUUUCCAGUGAUAGUUUUAUUAUAUUUCAGAGAAUUGGAGAGGCCGUUGAACAUUUCUCCGUUUGCUGUCGAUUCAGCAUGUAUGAUCACCGUAUAGACAA